AUGGGAAAAGACUACUAUGCAUUGCUCGGCGUUAGCAAGGACGCCACUGAUGAUGACAUCAAGAAGGGAUACAAGAAAAUGGCCUUGAAAUGGCACCCCGAUCGAAACAAGGGUAACACUGAGGCAGCUUCCCAAAAAUUCAAAGAGAUCAGCGAAGCAUUCGAAGUACUCUCCGACAAAAACAAGCGGGAAAUAUACGAUCGCUUUGGCGAAGAAGGGUUGAAGGGCGGCCCACCACCGAGCCCAGGUGGUGGCGGCGGUGGAUUUGCCGGAGGUUUUCCUGGAGCCAGUUUCGGAGGGUUCCCUGGAGGUGGCACAACCUUUACGUUUUCGUCCGGAGGACCCGGCAUGGGUGGUGGAUUCAAAGCGAGCGACCCCAAUUCCGUGUUUGAACAAUUCUUCAAACAAUUUGGUGGAAUGGGCGGUGGGGGCAUGGGUGGUGGAUUCGGUAGUAUGGAAGAAGAUGACCACUUUGGUGGUGGUGGUGGCUCUCCAUUCUCUUCGUUUGGUGGCGGCGGAUUCGGCGGUAGCCCGUUUGGCGGUGGCAGCUCGUUCAGAAGCGCAGGUAUGCCUGGAGCAUUCCCAGCUGGAGAGGGCAUUCCUCGUUCUAGCGGCAGGCGGGCAAGUAGCAUGAACGGCGCGCGCAGCGAGCCGACCCAGUUGCCAGACGUCAUCCAUCCUUUGAAACUCUCGCUCGAAGAUAUAUUCAAGGGAACAAAGAAGCAUCUCAAGCUCAAACGAAAGCUUCUGGAUGGUUCAACCGAGGCCAAGGACAUCGAAAUUGACGUAUUGCCUGGGUGGAAGGCAGGGACUAAAGUUCGAUAUGCACGCAUGGGCAAUGAACGGGCUGACGGAGAGGCGGCGGAUGUCGUCUUUGUUGUGGAAGAAAAAGAGCAUCCUCGGUUCAAGCGUGAGGGGGAGGAUCUUAUUACUACCUGCAAACGAACUGUCCACACCCCUGCAUCCAUAAUCAAACCCGGGCAGGAAACCCGUAUCCCUGGUCUGGGUAUGCCGGUCAGGAAAGAAGGCAAGGUGGUGCGCAAAGGCGAUUUGGUGGUGAAGUGGGAAGUGGUGUUCCCUGAUCGGUUGACCGACUCUCAAAAGAUUGCACACGAGCACAAUCCCGUUUACGACCACGACAUGGCACAAUCACGAUACCAAGAUGGAGGCCCAGAUAUCAACAACUACUGGGACUCUUCCACUCCACCACCCCAGCGUCUGUCGGGAACAGACUCAUAUCACCAAUCCAACUACGCUUCAGGCGACAACCUCGCGUCUUACGCCCCUCCGGCUAACCCCUUUCUCACACCAACCGGUCCAUCUAACACCGCCACCCGUGGUCACUACUUUGCACCAGAGGCCGCGCUUCAAAACGUUCAAAGCAUGCAACACGAUAGGUACACAAACCUCGACGGCUCAGGCAACACCACUGGGGGCUCCAGUCCAUGGCUUGAGAAGCAACAGCGUGACAACAAGCGCACCAAAUUGUGGAUUUGGUGUUGUGGGGUCACCAUUUUGAUUCUCGUUGGCGCCGGUGUCGGCCUUGGCGUAGUCUUUCUCAGAAGUCUGGCGGGAGCAAGUCCGGUCCCACAGGACUUCUUCCGACGGCUCCAUGGUCGCGAUUCCCGGCACGGCUGGCGUUGUCUUGGCCGAUCCCAACGACCAUCCAAAUUCGAAAAGGAUUCGCGUCUCAAGAACUCAUUCUACGGGUUUGCUUAUACGCCACUCGGCGCGCUACUUCCUGAAUGUGGUGCUACCCAAGCAAACGUUACCGAGGAUAUUCAACUCUUGUCGCAACUGACUACUCGUAUUCGUCUCUAUGGCUCCGAUUGCAAUCAAACUGCGCUUGUCUUGCAAGCCAUCAAAGACACCAAGGUUGACUUGGAAGUGUUUGUCGGAAUUUACUUGGCAGACGUCAACGAGGACGAUGCUGCCUAUACUCGCCAACGCGACUUGAUCAAGGAUGCGAUUACCACAUACGGGACUGACCAUAUUGCUGGAGUAUCCGUCACCGCUGCGAAAGAGACUACCGCUACUGGUACUGCUGGGUUGGCUGCAGCUGCCAAGCUGGUUGAGAAGAUCAAGGACACUCGGCAGAUGUUGGCUGGCAUGAGCCUCAGCAAGAACCUUCCUGUCGGUACCAGUGACGCCGGAAGUUAUUUCAACACGCCGCUCCUUGAGGCUAUUGACUAUGGUCUGGCAAACGUUCACCCUUGGUUCGCUCAUACCACCAUCAACGACGCUGCUGGCUGGACAUGGGACUUCUUCCAGCAAAACAAUAUUGCGCAGGCCAAUGCGGUAGCCAACAAGCCGACCAUGUACAUUGCUGAAACAGGAUGGCCAACACAAUCUUCCAGUGUCGCGGCUCAAAAUAAUGGUGCAGCCGACGCAUCCGUAAAAAACCUUCAGGUGUUCAUGGACACGUUCGUGUGUGCAUCCAACACUAAUCAAACCAACUACUUCUUCUUCGAGUUCAAAGAUGAGCCUUGGAAGGAUGCCUUGUACGGUGGUGUUGAGGGUUGGUGGGGCGUCUUUGACGCUGACAAAAAACUCAAGGAUGUUACUAUCCCCGACUGCGCCCACCAUUAG